AUGAGAGCCAGAUACAAGGGUCCGGGAGGCACAGGCGUCGUCUCCCUCGAGGACACCGCAACAGUCGGGGACCUCUUCAAUGAGAUCAAGGACAAGACGGGCAUCGCCGAAUUCAGCCUCAAGUACGGCUGGCCCCUCCAGACCCUGACCCUCGAGCACAAGGACGCCAACGCCAAAGACCUCGGCCUCAACGGCCAGUCCUUCAGCAUCGAGCCGGCCCACCAUCGCGCAAUCACACCACCGCCCGCCGCCGCCGCUCCGGCAUCUCGAGGCCCGGAAGCGUCCAAGAAACCCCGCUUCAACCCCGAUGCCGACCCGUCCCCUUCGGACAUCAGCAUCCCGUGGCCGGAGCGCGAGUCGACGUUACUCCUCCGCGUGAUGCCCGACGACAACAGCUGCCUCUUCACCGCCUUCGGCGGCGCCAUCCCAGGCAAACAAAUGGAAGCCAAGGAGCUCCGCAAAAUGGUAGCAGACUACAUCCGCCAGCACCCAGACGACUACCCCGAAGCCGUCCUCGACAUGCCCGUCGAAAAGUACAUCCGCACAAUCCAAGACCCAGAACGCUGGGGCGGCGCCAUCGAGCUCGGCAUCUUCUCGGACCUCUUCGAUCUCGAGGUCGUCGCUUUCGACGUCAAAUCCCAGAACCCGCUGCGCUUCGGCGAGAAUAAAGAAUCGCGGUGCAUCCUCGUCUACUCGGGCAUCCAUUACGACCGCAUCGCCUGCAGCCCCUCGGAGCCGCCCGACUACUCCCACUCGGACCUGCCCCCGGAACUCGACAGGACAAACUGGAGCACCGCCGACGACGAGGUUCUCGACCGCACGCGCGCGCUGAUUCGCAAGCUGCACGAGAUGCACUACUUUACGGAUACCACCGAGUUCUUGCUGCGGUGUACCGUGGGCGGGUGCGACUGGCUGGGCAACGGGCAGCGGGAGGCCAACAAGCACGCCAAGGCGACGGGGCAUAUGGGCUUCAGCGAGAUCAAGGAUGAGCCUGCGGGUGGUGGUGGUGGUGGUGCUUCGGGCGGCGCCGGUGCUUCUGCUGGUGGUGCUGGUGCUGGUGGUGGUGCUGUCUUUGGCGAUAAUGCGCUGCGCAAGUGUGAUGCUCCUGGCUGUGACUGGUUGGGUAGCGGUACGGCCGAGGCCAGGAUCCAUACGGGCGCGACGGGACAUACUGCCAUGACUGAGAUUCCGGACUUUUGA